GCUCAAGUUUAAAGAAGUUCUCAAAGCAGGAGGUCAGACGGGAGCUAAUAUAAAUGUGCUGCCGUUUGCGCGGGGGUAACAGGGGCCAAGAAAACAUAUCCCUCUCUAUCUAGCUCUGACCUCCAACUCUUCAAAGCGCCUGACAGACACACGGAGCAGCACCCGAUGUAGCGCGCGCCACGUGCCAUGGCCACUCGCGAGGGCUGCCACUGUCCCGGCGCCGGGGGGCAAAACAAUAAUAACAGCAUCCUGUACCAUAUACUGAAGAACGACAGACUCACGACCAUCGAGGAACAAACAACACCAAAACCACAACAACACCAACACCAACAGCAUCGCUGGCACAGGGUCUCCUCCUCUUCCUCCUCUUCUUCCUCUUCGUCGCGGCUUGAGCUAAGGCAACAACAGGCAUGCUCGUGCGGCUCCUCACGGCGAAGGGGGUCUCUCCGGUCCCCGCAGGUUACCUGCAAAGCCGCAUCGGCGGUCCUCGUGAAGACUCUGCGGUUCGUGAAGAACGUGCCGUGUUUCCGCGAGCUGCCGGAGGAUGACCAGCUGCUGCUCGUUCGGAACUGCUGGGCGCCGCUGCUCGUGCUGGGCUUCGCGCAGGACCGGGUAGACUUCGAGACCACUGAGACUGCAGAGCCCAGCAUGUUGCAACGGAUCCUGACUGGUGGCUCUGGCAGCCAGAGUGGCUUAACGGACAGACAGUGUGACCCGCUGCUGGAGCAGAGCACGGAAACUCCUGGGGUCUCUCUCGCAGAUAUCCAGGGCAUCAAAGCGUUCCUGAAGAAGUGUUGGGGUUUGGACAUCAGUACCAAGGAGUAUGCCUACAUCAAAGGAGCGGUGCUAUUCAACUCAGAUCUCCCAGGUUUGCGCUACCUCCACUACAUCCAGUCACUGCGGCGCGAGGCUCACCAGGCGCUCAACGAGCACGUUAAGCUGAUCCACCGGGACGACACCACACGCUUCGCCAAACUGCUCAUCACCCUGUCCAUGCUGAGGGCCAUCAGCCCCCCCGUGGUCGCACAGCUCUUCUUCAAGCCCGUCAUCGGAGCUGUCAACAUGGAGGAUGUCCUACUGGAGAUGUUCUAUGGGAAGUAGAUGCUUUCCAUGGUCUCGUCCAGAAACAACCCUUAGAUAUGCACUUCUAGCCCCUACUCCCUGGGGAAUUUCACCUAGCUCCUACCCCCUAGAAACUUAACCUUGCCCCUAGCCCAGGGUUUCCCAAACACAGUCCUGCCCCCCCCCGGGUGCACGUUUUGGUUUU